AUGAUCUUGAAUAGAGUGCCCUCUAUCGCGACAACGCAGUCCCCACCAGUCUCGUACCCAAAACUACAAAAAAUCAUGCGCCCUAUUCUACUACAAGGACACGAACGAUCUCUGACACAGAUCAAGUUCAACGCCGAUGGAGACUUGCUAUUCUCCUGCUCGAAGGACAACGUCAUAAACGUCUGGUUUUCACACAAUGGGGAACGGCUAGGGACGUACGAGGGGCACAAUGGGGCGGUGUGGACGGUGGAUGUAGAUCCUGAAUCAAAAUUCUUAGUGUCGGGCUCUGCAGACAAUCAGCUGAGAUUAUGGCAAGUCGCGACGGGCAAAUGCCUGUACACAUGGGAGUUCCCGACGGCGGUGAAAAGAGUUGCGUUCAACGAGGAAGGGACGCAGGUCGUGUGCAUCACGGAGCAGCGGAUGGGGCACCAAUGCGCGAUCCGGGUGUUUGAUAUCAAUGCAGAGGAUGGCGCCAAACAAUCGAAGGAGCCCCGUUACAUGUUCAACCCUAUCGGAUCGAAGGCCACCGUCUGUGCAUUCACUCUACAGCCUAAUAUUAUCAUCACAGGUCAUGAGUCAGGCAAAGUCGCACUAUUCAAUGUUAAGUCAGGCGAGGAGGUCGAAAACAACGAGCGGGCGCACAGUGAGGUGGUGACGGACCUGCAGCUGAGCAAGGAUAGAACGUAUUGCAUAACCAGUAGCAAGGACAAGGCUGCACGGAUACACGACACAAAAAACCUCAUGGUCAUCAAGACCUUUAAUACAGAGACGCCGCUGAACAGCGCUGCACUCGCACCGAACCGCCCAUAUGUCCUGCUUGGUGGUGGUCAAGAAGCGAUGAGCGUCACUACCACGUCACUUCGCCAAGGCAAGUUCGAAACGCGCUUCUGGCACAAGGUAUUUGAAGAGGAGGUUGGGCGAGUCAAGGGCCACUUCGGCCCUAUAAAUACGAUUGCAGUCCACCCAGCAGGCACAUGUUAUGCUUCCGGAGGAGAGGAUGGUUUCGUACGCGUGCACCACUUCGAUGACACGUACUUCAAGGCGAAGCCCUACGGAGACCUUGAAAUUUUUGAUUGA